AUUCUCCUCCCAAUGAAACUACACUGACCAGGCAUGGUGUUUGUGGACCUGAGGGUCAGGGUGUGUGUGGUUUGGCCAGGGAGGGGAGAUCUGGUUUGUGACAUAAAUUGUGAGGAAGAGGAGGAAGAAUCCAGAGAAUAAGUAGAAGAUAUGUCAGAAGCUAAGAGCUGAAUCUUCCAACUGAACCGUGCAGCAGUAUCAGGAUUACCAAGACCAGGACUUCACAGUAGAGGAACUACUAUAGAAAAUACUUAAGGAGAAGACUUGCCAAAAGAUAAAAGUUAUGUUGAACAUCUACAGGCUGCUUGUGGUGAUGGGGAUGCUGUUGUGUCUAAGUGCUCAGCUUGCCUGCUCCCAGCACUGGUCUCACGGCUGGUACCCUGGAGGAAAGAGAGAGAUAGAUGCCUACGACACCUCAGAGGUUUCAGCCGAAAUUAAACUCUGCGAAGAAGGAAAAUGCAACUUUGUGAGACCUAGCGGAAGAAACAUUUGGAGGACAAUAUUGAUGGAUGCCCUCCUCAGGGAUUUCCAAAAGAGAAAGUGACACCAACAUGUCCAUAAACGUGUUUUCCAGCAAAUCACAUUAGUUUUCCGUCAAACUGCUUUUCUGUUGAACUGUUCUUCAUCUUGUCAUAUGCACAUCUGUGUAAAGCUACUGUCGGCACUGUGUAACCAUUUGCUGCAGUUCCUACAAUAAAAGCUUUAUUUUGGUAUUUUGUUUUAAU